AUGUAUCAGGAUACUGAUUUACACAACAUCUCACAAGAAGACUGUUGGACUGUGAUUUCAUCGUUUUUUCAUGAUAAAGGACUUGUGAGACAACAAUUAGAUUCAUUUGAUGAAUUUGUACAAAAUACUAUGCAAGAAAUAGUUGAUGAGAAUAAAAAUCUUGUUUUACAAACUGUUUCAGGAAAUAGCUCUGAAGGAGAUAAAGCUAGACGCUUUUAUAUAAGAUUCGGUCAAGUAUAUCUUUCAAGACCUACAAUGACUGAAGCUGAUGGUAGUGUUCAAGCAAUGUUUCCACAAGAAGCUCGUUUAAGAAAUUUAACGUAUGCUGCACCCAUUUAUGUUAAUAUGAAAGAAGAAAUAAUCUAUGCUGAUCCAAAAGAUCCCAAGAAUGCUGGUAAGACAUCAUUAAAUGAAAUGUUUAAUGAAAGUGAUUUGAGAACUGAUUUAGAUGAAAAUUCUUAUGAUAAGGUUUUUAUUGGAAAGAUUCCAGUAAUGUUGAAAUCAACAUUUUGUGUAUUACAUGGUUUAAAGGAUAAAAGUCUUUAUGCAUUGAAUGAGUGUCCUUAUGAUCAGGGUGGAUAUUUUAUAAUUAAUGGUUCGGAGAAGGUAUUAAUUGCACAAGAAAGAAUGGCUACAAAUACCGUCUAUGUAUUUUCAAAAGCACCACCUUCACCUUAUUCUUUCACAGCUGAAAUAAGAAGUGCUAUGGAAAAGGGUUCAAAAUUGGCAAGUUCUUUGGUGAUAAAACUUUUAGCAAAAACUGCCGAAAAAGGAGCAACAGGACAAUUUAUACAUGCCACAAUGCCAUACAUUAAAAAAGAUGUGCCAAUAGUGAUUGCUUUUCGUGCCCUUGGUGCUGUUUCAGAUCAAGAUUUUUUAUCAUUUGUUUGUUAUGAUUUUAAUGACAAUGAGAUGUUGGAAGCUUUAAAACCUUGUAUAGAAGAAUCUUUUACAGUCCAAAAUUCAGAUGUUGCAGCUGAUUGGAUUGGUCGUCGAGGAACAGCUGGCAAUUUGUCAAGAGAUAAACGUAUAAAGUAUACUGAUUGGAUUGGUCGUCGAGGAACAGCUGGCAAUUUGUCAAGAGAUAAACGUAUAAAAUAUGCUAAAGAGAUACUUCAAAAAGAAUUGUUGCCGCAUGUAUCCACAGAUUAUGGAUGUGAGAAAAGGAAAGCUUUCUUUCUUGGUUACAUGGUUCAUAGACUUUUACUUGCUGCUCUUGGAAGACGUGAAUUGGAUGAUCGUGAUCAUUAUGGUAAAAAAAGAAUGGAUCUUGCUGGCCCUCUUUUGGCUUCUUUAUUCAGAAUGCUGUUCAAAAAACUUACAAAAGAUGUUUCUUUAUAUCUUAGAAAGUGUAUAGAUUCAAAUCGGGAAUUCAAUUUAAAUCUGGCCAUUAAGGCACAAACAAUCACAAAUGGUUUAAAGUAUUCUCUUGCUACAGGUAAUUGGGGUGAUCAAAAGAAAGCUAUGCAGUCUCGAGCAGGUGUAUCACAGGUGCUUAAUAGAUACACUUUUGCAUCCACAUUAUCACAUUUAAGAAGAUGCAAUACACCUAUGGGAAGAGAUGGGAAAAUAGCAAAGCCUCGUCAAUUACACAAUACUCAUUGGGGUAUGGUAUGCCCUGCUGAGACACCUGAAGGUCAAGCUUGUGGUCUUGUUAAAAACCUUUCUCUAAUGUCCUACAUAUCUGUUGGAAGCUCUUCAAAACCAAUAAUCGACUUCUUGGAGGAAUAUGGAAUGAUCAAUCUGAAUCAACAAUUUGAUCCUUCAAACAUUAAAGACAAUACAAAAAUUUUUGUUAAUGGUAAAUGGGCUGGUGUGUCUUCUUCGCCUGAAACUUUAGCCAACACUUUGAAAAAUUUGAGACGUACUGUUGAUGUAAAUCCUGAAGUUAGUGUUGUAAGAGAUAUACGUGAAAAUGAGUUGAGAAUUUAUACUGAUGCUGGAAGAGUUUGUCGUCCUUUAUUUAUAGUGGAAAAUGAAUGUUUAAAUAUAACCAAAGCUCAUAUACAACGAUUAGAUGUAUACAAAAUGGAGUUAUCAGGAUCAAGGAAAAGAAAGAAAAGGAAUGUCACUUAUACAUGGCAAGAUUUAAUAUCCAAUCGAUUGAUAGAAUAUAUUGAUGCAGAAGAAGAAGAAACAAUUAUGAUUUGCAUGACACCUGAUGAUAUAGCAGAUUCAAGGAAAGCUAAUAUGGUUUUUGAAGAACCUGAAACUGCUGCCGCUGCUAAUGCUAUGACAAAUGAUGUUUCAGCUCGUGUCAAGAGCAAGUCACAUCAAUCGAUACACACAUGGACUCAUUGUGAAAUUCAUCCUAGUAUGAUAUUAGGAAUUUGUGCAAGUCUUAUUCCAUUUCCUGAUCAUAAUCAAUCACCACGUAACACCUAUCAAUCUGCUAUGGGUAAACAAGCUAUGGGUAUAUAUGUGACAAAUUAUCAAUUGAGAAUGGAUACUUUGGCAAAUAUUUUAUAUUAUCCACAAAAGCCUUUGGUAACGACUAGAUCCAUGGAAUUCUUAAGAUUUCGUGAAUUGCCAGCUGGACAAAAUGCCAUGGUUGCAAUCCUUUGUUAUAGUGGAUACAAUCAAGAAGAUUCAAUCAUUAUGAAUCAAAGUAGUAUUGACAGAGGAUUGUUUAGAAGUAUUUUUUAUAGGAGUUAUAUGGAUCAAGAAAAGAAAGUGGGAAUAAUAUCAUUAGAAGAGUUUCAAAAACCCACAAAAGAAACUACCCUUAGAUUGAAACAUGGAACAUAUGAGAAAUUAGAAGAUGAUGGAUUGAUUGCACCUGGAACUAGAGUGUCCGGUGAUGAUAUAAUUAUUGGCAAAGUUACACCAAUUGCAUCAGAUGUAAUUGAAUUAGGACAAAGAACAGCUAGACAUAUCCAACGAGAUGCUUCUACACCUAUGAGAAGCACUGAAACUGGUAUUGUUGAUCAGGUUAUGGUCACAACAAAUGCUGAAGGAUUAAAAUUUGUUAAAGUAAGAGUAAGGAGUACUAGGGUACCACAAAUGGGAGAUAAAUUUGCUAGUAGACAUGGUCAGAAGGGUACGAUUGGUAUAACAUAUCGACAAGAAGAUAUGCCAUUUACAGCUGAAGGUAUUACACCUGAUAUUAUUAUAAACCCACAUGCCAUUCCUAGUCAAGGUGAUGCAACACCAUUUACUGAUGUAACAGUCGAAGCCAUAUCACAAAGUUUAAGGAGUCAUGGAUAUCAAGGUCGUGGAUUUGAAGUCAUGUAUAAUGCUCAUACAGGUCGUAAAUUGGCAGCACAAAUAUUCAUAGGUCCAACAUAUUAUCAACGGCUAAAACAUAUGGUGGAUGAUAAGAUUCAUUCAAGAGCAAGGGGGCCUGUACAAAUUCUUACAAGACAACCUGUAGAAGGACGUAGUCGUGACGGAGGUUUACGUUUUGGUGAAAUGGAACGUGAUUGUAUGAUAUCUCAUGGUACAGCUAUGUUCUUGAAGGAACGUCUAUUCGAUGCAUCGGAUGCUUAUCGUAUCCAUGCUUGUGAUAUCUGUGGAUUAAUGGCAAUUGCAAAUCUUAAAAAAAAUACAUUCCAAUGUAAAUCAUGUAAAAACACUACGCAGAUAUCUCAAAUACAUAUUCCAUAUGCUUCAUAUGUGAUGAAACUUACACCUGAACUCCUUGAACGUUCACCAUCUUACAUCAAUACUGUAAAAGAUCGCGAAUUAAACCUACGAGGUAAUAAAAUUCCUUCUAUAGAAAAUCUUGGCGUGUCAAAGGACUUAAAUGACGCAAUUGAUCUAAUAGACAAUGACAUUCGCAUAUUGGGUAAUUUCCCAUUAUUAUGUCGUGUUUGUACACUAUUAUUAGCCAAUAAUCGAAUUAAUCGACUAGAUCCACAACUAUUUGAAUUUCUACCCAACCUUACUACUUUAGUUUUAACAAACAACAAUAUAAUGGAAUUACCUGAUUUGCAACCAUUAAAUGGAAUUAAAAGAUUACAAUAUAUAAGUUUACUGGAUAACCCAGUAACCAGGAAACAAUGGUAUCGAAGUUGGGUGAUUCGGAAGAUCCCUAGUAUUAGAGUUAUAGAUUUCAAAAGAGUUCGUGAUAUGGAACGUAAAGAAGCCAAAAAAUUAUUUGAAACAACAAAAGGUGAACCAACCUCACUUGCAAAAUCUAUAUCAGAAACAAAUUCAAAAAUUAUUGAAUCUGGUGAAGAAGAACAAGCUCAGAUAAAGGCCAUUCGUAAUGCCAAAACUUUGGAAGAAGUUGCCCGUCUUGAAAAAUUGUUACAAUCUGGUCAUAUUCCCGGUUCAAAUAAACCUUCUGCUAACAAUGAUGUAAAACAAAGACAUACAGCAGUCUCGUCCAUACAACCAGGAAGUACACAAGGUAACCAAAACAAUGGCCAAAAAACGAUACAGAUUAUAAAUCCGGCAACCCAAGAAGUUGUACCCGGAACCCGAGUGAUAAUAGGUCUUCUAGUACUACCACAAUUCCAACAAGCACCAUUACCUGCAACACCAUUUGCCGCUUGCUGUACGUUAAUGACAGUGGUUGGAGCGAAAUUACCUACCUGGGAUUAG